AUGCGCACGGAAACAGAGGCGCCGGCUGCCUCGGGAGAUCACCGCGAAAAGGUGUCAGGCGUUGACCCAAACUCUGGCGACGCCGAGGGGCGUUGGAGCGCAUGUGCGGUGCUGGCGGAGCGUCUGCGUCUGUUGCAGCUGCGUGGGAGGGCCCUGGGCACUCGGCUGGGCGAGCUCAGGAAGGCGGCUGACGCGAUGGGCCACGCUGAACCAGAGAGCAGCUGGGAGAGCAAAGGCCUGUCAAGCUCACCGCGAGAAGGCGAGGCGAAGCCGCAGAGGGUGGCCUCCCCUGGGGAGCGUCCAUUCUUCUCCUACCCUUCCUACGCGGCCGUCCGCGUGAGAGUGGAGCCGCUCUUCGCGCCGAUCGAUGGCGGCAGUCCGCAGCGGCCUGGCCGUUUUCAGGAGGCCGGCUGUAGUUUACCCGCUGCUUCUCCAGCUGGGCAUGGCGGGGGGCGGGGGGCGGGACAGUCGCCAUCGCCGCCGAUAAUUAUCGUGGAGGUCAUGGAUUCGGACGCGGCUGCGUGCGACGUGCUUGCCUCCGUCGCAGGCGAGGAGCAGGGGCUGGCCGUGGAGGGGGCAGAGCCACACCCCGCAACUCCACCGGUUGCGGCUGCCGUCACGCAGCGACCGCGACACGACGGCAGUGACCGCGCAGGGCAACAAGCGCACAUCUCUUUCCUAGUGGACCAGAUCCAGCAAAUCGACGCGCCAGCUCGGCUUGCAUCUCCAGCUGUCAAUGUGUUUCGGCGAAUCCGUGAGGGUCCCCGUAACCAGGGGGAACCAGAAAACAAGAGUAUUCCUACGGAGGAUAGUGGCAUUCAGGCAAUAGAGACCACACAAGUGGCGGGGGACGUUGCCGCGGUCGCGGACGCUGGCCAGACGCAGCCACCAGCACGUUUAGAUGCCGCUGCCUCAGCUGUAGAUAAUGGGACUGUUACUGCUCUUCCAGCAGAGGGUUUGGCGUCUGCGACGCCGAUGCCUUGCACUACGUGUAAGAUUCCUUCUCUGUCGCCGUCAUCGUCGGCGACGCGGGCGUUUCCAACGUCGUCGCCGUUGCCAUCUGCACCUGUGGGGUUAAAUGGUGCAUGUGAAUCGGGCUUCGAGCCCUCCCAGUCUGCCGUGGACUACGAAGCAAAGGCACGGGAGCUGCUUCAGCGGGGGGAAUGGAAAAAAGCAGAGGACACAAGGGGGAAGGUCUACUACUACCAUGCCAAGGAACGAAGGUCAUGUUGGAACUUGGCGAAGGAGCUACGCCGCUUGGCGGGUGCGUAG